AUGGCUUCAAGUUCUACUACCUUCGAUUACUCCUCGCUUAAGGAGCUGCUGAAAGAUAGCAAUGCCGAGGUUCUUCUUCCCAAUGACGGCCAAGCGUACGAGAAGAGCAUCGAAAGAUGGAGCGAACACUGUAUCAAGAGAGCUGCUGCUGUUGUAAUGGUCACCUCCGCCGACGAUGUAUCUGCAACCCUAGCCCAGAUACGCAAACACAACAUCUCGUUCACCGUCCGGGGAGGCGGUCACUCCACCUCUGGAGCCGCCUCAAUUGAAGACGGCAUUGUGAUUGAUCUCUCCAAGAUGCGCAAGGUUACUGUAGAUACUCAAGCUAAGACUGUUACCGCUGAGGGAGGAACCAUCUGGGAAGAUGUUGAUGUCGAGGCUGCAAAGUACGGUCUUGCAACCGUUGGAGGUACCGUGAAUCAUACAGGUGUAGGAGGUCUUACGCUCGGUGGUGGAUAUGGUUAUCUCACCGGAAAGUAUGGAUUGACAAUCGACAACCUUCUCUCUGUACAAAUCGUUCUCGCUUCCGGAGAGCAGGUUAUUGCUUCUUCAACCUCAAACGAAGAUCUUUUUUGGGCAGUAUGUGGCGCCGGUCAAAACUUCGGUGUGGUAACAGCAUUCACCUUCCAAGCCUAUGAUCAGAAGAACCAGGUCUUCGCAGGGCCACUAGUGUUUCUUCCGGACAAGAUCCCUCAAAUUGUCGAGUUUGCCAACAAAUUCCACAAAGUCAACGAUGGCAACCAAGCAAUGCUCAUGGCAUUUUCUGCUCCCCCACCAGCAAAUGUGCCAGUUGUUCUCUGUCAGCUGUUUUACAAUGGUCCCGAAGAUGAGGCGACUGCUUUCUUUUCGGAUCUCUACGAACUUGGGCCUAUCGCGAAUAUGGCGGCCAUGAUUCCGUACGAGAAGCUGAACAGUCUACUUAAUCAAGGAGCUGGAUUCGAUGGCCGCAAACAGUUUGGUGGCGGAGCCUUCAAACUUCCUCUAGACCCUAGUCUUGUUGUUCAGAUCCAUGCCGAGUUCAACGCUUUCGUCGCAUCUCACGAACGCAUGAAUGGGAGCAUGAUGUUGUUCGAAAUUAUCCCCUACAAAAAGGUGAUCGAAGUGCCGAACGCCAAAACAUCAUUUGCGAACCGAGGAGAUUAUUACAAUGUUGCUACGAUGUUCAAGUGGUUUAAUCCGGCGAUCGACAGUGAGAUACGUACGUUCUCUCGAAGUCUGCUUAAAAAGACUUCCGAAACUGUUGCGAGCAGGUCAACUGACCGAGGAGUUGGUCAAUAUGGUAACUAUGCAACUGCCGAUGUGGAAGCGAACGAGAUCUUUGGUGCCAAUGUAAAACGUCUCGAAGAGCUAAAGCACAAGUACGACCCAGACAACCUUUUCCGUCAUGGGAACCGACUGAUACCAAGACCUUUGGUGGUUGUCAACUGAGUUUAUGCAACUCCUGUCUCUGGUCGAUCGUUCUCCAAGUGCUGUCUUAUAGUGCUUGCGUCUCGGACUGGAAAACUACUAGAUGUACUAGACUAAAUACACGAAUAGAACAAUCGGGGCUUACAACCAUUAUUCUCCGAAAUACAGGCCCAACCUGGCUAUUGCUACGUU